GUUUACGGAAGCGCUCGGUCUCCCGCUCUCGUGCCGUCCGGGACGUCUUCUGUAAUUUGAAGGGCACGGGGCACCGGGCGUGCGGCUGCAGCCUGUGUCUUUAAACGCAGGAGGGGGAUCGUGUUUUUGAGACAUGCAGCCUGCCUUUCAAAUCUCUCGCCAAACCCACCUGCUCCUCCUCUCUGCUGUCUCCCGCUGAGGAAGGGAGGAAAGGAAGGAAGGAAGGCGAGAAGGAGCUGGGAUGCCGAUGGUUUCAUCAGCGAGGCGACUGGAAAUAAAAGUUGAGCGCGUUUUUGCUUAGCAGACAAUAAUUCUCGUAAAUUCCCAUCAGCCGCCGACGCUCCGGACAGACAGACUCCUGCAUCUGCAGAAAGCGUUUACUCGACCCAGCUGUCAAAAUCCUCCGCGCAGAAGAAGCCGAACAGAAAUCUUAAAAAAUGGACCAAGAUAUUCCGACCCAGCUCCAGACCCAAGAAGGCAACCCAAGCAAAGAAGCAGAAGCUGUAACAGCAAGUUCAGCUACGCCUUCAGAUACAUCAGCUCCUGCCACCGACCCGACCACUGGGCAACAUGCAGUUCCUGCCAGGCCUCGGCGGCCCCAGAGGACCGCCAGAGUAGAGGCCUCUGUAGAUAUCUCUGAACUCAAAGCUGAGCCCAAAGCAGAUUUCACUCCAUUGCCAAACCAAGAGGAGUGCACUCCUGAUGGCAGUGCGGCAAGUCAUUCCAUACCCUCUUACCCUUCAACAGUCAAGCCCUCAGGAGAGCGUACUGGGCCCAGCAUUAAGGCUGGUCCUAAAGGUCCAGGCCACUACCCAGUUAGGGCUGCCUCAGUGCCCCACCCAUCUGCUAGCAGGCCUAUGCCUGCUCACCUGAACCCUCAUGCACAGAGGGCUCUCUCUGUGGCAGGUACAGCUGACACUCAAUCGCAGACUGUGGAAGACUUCAGGGUGCACGUCAUCACUUGGAAUGUGGGUUCAGCCACACCACCCGAUGACAUCACUUCUUUGCUCGGGCUGAAUGUGGGUGACGGAAACACAGACAUGUACAUCAUCGGGCUACAGGAAGUGAACUCAAUGAUUAACAAAAGACUGAAAGAUGCCCUCUUCACAGACCAGUGGAGCGAAGUCUGCAUGGAGAGACUCAGCCCCUUUGGUUAUGUGCUGGUUACAUCCCAGCGGAUGCAGGGGGUGUUACUGCUGAUUUUUGCCAAAUACUUCCAUCUGCCGUUCCUGCGUGGAGUCCAGACUGAGACCACUCGCACAGGCCUGGGAGGUUACUGGGGGAAUAAAGGUGGAGUGAGUGCCCGCAUGUCAGUGUAUGGUCACACCAUCUGCUUUCUCAACUGCCACCUGCCGGCUCACAUGGAAAACUCAGAUCAGCGGAUGGAGGACUUUGAGAGCAUCCUGCAGCAGCAGCAGUUUGAGGGCCAGGCUUCCACUGGGGUUCUUGACCAUGAUGUGGUGUUUUGGUUUGGGGAUCUUAAUUUUCGAAUUGAUGAGCUGGAGAUGCAAGUGGUAAAAUCAGCCAUUGAUAACAACAAGUUUUCCAUAUUGUGGGAAAAGGAUCAGCUAAACAUGGCCAAAGACAGUGAGACAGUGUUGGAGGGAUUCCAAGAGGGACCGCUGAAAUUCCCUCCUACCUACAAGUUUGAUGUUGGAACAAAUACAUACGACACAAGUGGGAAGAAACGUAAACCAGCUUGGACUGACCGGAUCCUGUGGCGUCUGAGAGCCACGGCGCCUGCUGGUGCAGGGAAGCGUGGCUCCAUUUCAGGGCUGACAAGCGGCACCAAAGUGACACAGCACAGCUAUCGAAGUCACAUGGAAUUCAUGAUCAGUGACCACAAACCAGUCUCCUCCAUCUUUACCCUUCAGUUCCCAUACAAGGUGGAUAUUCCCCUGGUCACAAUCAUAGUGGAGGAUGAGUGGAAUAGUGUUGCUGAUGCCACACCGAUAUUCAAACUGGCACCCAACUACUCUCGCAGCUCUUGGGACUGGAUUGGACUUUACAAGGUGGGUUUCAAACACUACAAGGACUAUGUGGGAUAUGUGUGGGCCAAGCAGGAGGAAUCAGAUUUUCUUCGUCAAGAACAUCAGGUAACCUUUACUGAGGAGGAAUUGCCUAAAGGCUCAGGAGACUUUAUCUUGGGUUACUAUAGCAACAACAUGAGCAGCAUUGUGGGUGUAACAGAGCCAUUUCAGAUCCAGCUUCCCACCACAGGAGAUGACACCAGCUCUUCAGACAGCUCUGACUUCACUUCAGAAGAUGACAGCACUGUUGUCAUGAAGAUGAGAUCCCGCAGUCCUAGUCCACGCAAGGCCAAGCACCGCGGCCGUCGCAGCGGCAGCCAAAGCCGCAGCCGCUCUGGCAGUCCUCCCCAGGCUAAAAUGAAAGGGCUCAAUAUCACUGAUGGUCCUCCAUCAAGCGCCACUGCAGAAAGUGAGUCCCCAGGAGCCCCAACAGAGGGCAGUAGCAGCCAGCUGUCUGGUCCUGAGGCGCAAGCCAAAAACUCACAGGAUCCAGGAGUGUGAUCUAUCACUGAGUCCAGCUGUUUUCACAGCUCACAUAAUAACCUGUUGUGUCUUUAAAGUCAUGCAUCCACCUCACUGUAAAGUUUCUGUAGAGAAAAUUUACAGUCUCUGAUGCCAUCCUUUUCAGGAAUAGCCAUCUGGUUUGUCCAGGAGGUUUACUUUGCCUUGAGUUGUUUUAGUAAGCUGUGCAUAUGUAUGUCUUUUCUUUGUAAACCCUUCACUCUCUGCUGUGUUUCUUCUAUCUUCGUCCGUUCUCAGGUGUGGACAGUACAGGGAGCUGACACCUUUCAUUAGAAAAUACUCAAGGAUUUGUGGUCAUGUAGAUUAAGGCAGUGGUCACUUAAUAUUUCAUAGGAAACAUCUUUCCUGUUUUUCAACAGUGCUUUGAUGUUCCUAGCUGUUGUAUCAUCUUGCUACAUAUAAAAUGCAAAAAAAUGCUUUUGUGACAUGGCUUAUGAUUUGUACUUGGCACAGAUAUUCCACAUAAGUCACUCAGUGUUUGCUUUAGUAAUGGAUCCAUUAUGAAACAAAUCUUAUCAUACAGAUAGGAUUUAAUUCAAAAACAUCACCAGCUCUGUAAACAAUCACAUUAUAAGUUUCUGCAAAUGGAGACAGACAGCAAACAUGCGGUUUGACUUGGCGAUGUGACUCUAACCUAGUGGACAUUCCCUGCUUUUGAAAUUCAGCACACAUUACACUAUGAUACCUAAUAUGCAGGGAGCAUUUCAAAUGAUCCACCAGUGGGAAUAAAUUCCUUCAAGGGUGCGUAAAAGCAGAGUAGAACCAAAGUAGGUGGAGCCUGCAAUUCAGGGGGCUCAGCCACUAGCUAUGGCAGCAGCACAGCACACACCAGUGUAGAGUGAAUGUGAGGGUAAGGACCUUUAAAUAGACCGCCAUAUCCGUGCAGUGGGUAUGUGAUGGGCGUGGGAGGCUGUCAGCUGACACAGCACAGCUGUCUUGCGAGAACUAGUUGAUUAAUCACUGAACACUGAUUGCUGGCCCAACUGUGGUAACACCUACAGCAAUACCUGACUCACCAUGAAUUGCUUUUACACACGAUGCUUGGUGGGAGUUAAUGAGCCUUAUAGUUUGCUUUCACAGCAAACAGCUGUUAAUUUUUAAGCAGAUAGACCCACAACACACAAAAAACAAAGCGCCUGUUUUGAUUUUUAAUAUAAUGCAAAUUUGUGACCAUUUUAUUUACGUGGUGUUUAAACCCAAAUCAAGAAUUUUUUAAUCUGGAUAUCUCAUACAUGUUCCACUAUCGUGAAAUAUCACAGUGUUCAUUUUAUAUAUUAAACAAGUGAAGUGGUCCUAUCAAAUACAUUACUUUGAUUUGUUAUGUUUUUCUCUCUUGCUCAGAUCCUCCCUUAAUGAUCCAGGUGAUUAGCUGACAGUGACAGUAGUCAGAAUAGUUGUGUUGCAUUGCUACUGUGUGACCUCUUAGACACUUUAUACUGUUGAGCACAUAGCAUAGGACAGUGUGUACUACUGUAGCUGUAACUCUGUGUGUGUUUUUCUGGAAGUCUGAAUGUGCGUAUGUUUUGGAUGGUAGAGUCGUGUGUGUGUGUGUGUGUGUGCGUGUGUGUGUGUGUGUGUAACUGGCUGAGGCAGUGAAUGGGGUCUGUCUGCAUGGUUUGCUGCUCUGGACAUACUGUACAUUCCAGUACUGUGGUUUUUGUGCCGUAAAGUGCUGUUUUUUGACUCCUCUUGUCAUAAUUGUGGCUGUGAAAAUUGUUAGAAAAACUUGGUAAGGACAGUAAAAAAAAUAAACAAAAUUGAACUAAAGUGUAUGUGUUAGGUGACAAACUGCAGAAUAGUUGUACUUGCAGAAAUCUGGAGCUGUUUCAUUGUACUUAAAUGUAAUUUCUUGGU